CUUUGCGUCUAAACUUCCCGAACACCCCCUCGUAUAAACAACUCUACUAUGUCUUCUAUCGCCAACGGAACCGGGGCGAACACGCCCGAGUCUCAGCUCGAGAGUGUCCUCCCCAUCCACCCCACUGCUGCGCGUCGGGGCAACCCUAUCGUCGUGCAGUCCGACCUCACCUCCUACACCAACGACCACAUCGUCUCCAAGUUCACCAACCGUAACGCGGACGUCGCCGUAGUCGAGGGCCAGUACAUCGUCACUCCGACCACCAAAGAAUAUGAGUUCCAGACGGCCCGCAAGGUCGCCAAGACUGGUCUCAUGAUGGUCGGUUGGGGCGGUAACAACGGCUCGACGCUCUCCGCGACGAUCCUCGCCAACCGUCACAACAUCAUCUGGCGCACCAAGGGCGGUGUCCAGCAGCCCAACUACAUCGGCUCGCUCCUCCGCGCGUCGACCGUUCGUCUCGGGUCUGACCCCGCCACGGGCAAGGACAUCCACGUCCCCAUCUCGGACGUCCUGCCCAUGGUCCACCCCAACGACCUGGUUCUCGGCGGCUGGGACAUCUCCGGCGCGCGUCUCGACGAAGCCAUGAAGCGCGCCCAGGUCCUCGACUACGACCUCCAGCGCCAGGUCGCGCCGCACAUGGCCGAGCUCGGCGCUCCCCUCCCCUCCAUUUACUACCCGGACUUCAUCGCGGCGAACCAAGAGGCUCGCGCGGACAAUGUCGUCCCCGGCACCGACAAGCAGGCGCACCUCGAACACCUCCGCGCCGACAUCCGCCGCUUCAAGGAGCAGAACGGGCUUGACCGUGUCAUCGUCUUCUGGACGGCGAACACGGAGCGCUACAGCGAGAUCAUCCCGGGCGUGAACGACACCGCGGACAACCUCCUCGCCGCCAUCAAAGCGUCGCACCCCGAGGUCUCGCCGUCCACGCUCUUCGCUGUCGCAGCGAUCCUCGAGGGCGAGCCGUUCGUGAACGGCGCGCCCCAGAACACGUUCGUGCCGGGCGCCAUCCAGCUCGCGGAGCGCAAGCACUCGUUCAUCGGCGGCGACGACCUCAAGUCCGGCCAGACGAAGCUCAAGUCGGUCUUCGCCGAGUUCCUCGUGAACGCGGGCAUCAAGCCGCUCUCCAUCGCGUCGUACAACCACCUCGGCAACAACGACGGGCACAACCUGUCCGCGGAGCCGCAGUUCAAGAGCAAGGAGAUCAGCAAGAGCAGCGUCGUCGACGACAUGGUCGCCGCGAACCCGCUCCUGUUCGAGCCCGCGCAGCCGGGCGCGCCGAAGGGCUCAAAGGCGGCCAAGGGCGAGCACCCCGACCACAUCGUCGUCAUCAAGUACGUGCCCGCGGUCGGCGACUCGAAGCGCGCGAUCGACGAGUACUACUCGGAGAUCUUCUGCGGCGGUCGCUCGACCAUCAACAUCUUCAACGAAUGCGAGGACUCGCUCCUCGCGACGCCGCUCAUCCUCGACCUCGCGAUCCUCGCGGAGCUGCUCACGCGCAUCAAGUACCGCGACGCCUCCGCCGGGUCCAAGGCUGACUUCGCGCCGCUGUACCCCAUCCUGUCGCUCCUCUCGUACAUGCUGAAGGCCCCGCUCGUCAAGCCCGGCACGGACGUCGUCAACUCCCUCAACCGCCAGCGCAACGCGCUCGAGACCUUCCUGAAGGCCUGCAUCGGUCUCGAGGGCAGCAGCGACCUCCUCCUCGAGACGCGCAUCUGGUAAACGACUCGACGCUGCGGAGGCGCGUGGGUAGAGUUCGGAAGUGCUAGAUGAGGUUCAACAUCUCCGUUACCUGUCCCUGUUAUGUAGAUCUGUACGCCGUUCAACCGGCCUGUUCGUUUGUGACCGAGUGUCUCUGUCGAAUCAACGUGCUUGGUAUAACCUGCGAGCCUUCUUCCCG